CGGUCAAAUCUAGAGGUGGUGAUGGGCUUCCUGAGCAACGAGCAGUAUGACCAUGGUGUGGGCUUGAAUUGAUACAGCCGUAUUAAGAGCAACCUUUUCGCAGUGCCCAGCGGCUGCUGAUGGUCUUCAACGUGGCUGAAGCGCCUCUCGUAGUCCCACGGCUUGCUCCAUAGCUGGCUACAACACUUCCAGUCAGCAGUCGUCCAGCAGCCUCUGCAACAAGCCGUGUUGAUUUUAUUAUCCGAUUCGACACACCGGAUGCCGACUGUGCCCAUGAUGUCGUACUUGGGGCCUGAGCCCUCCAGUUGGGGCGUGACAAUCUUGCGUGGGCUCGGAGCCUUUACGUAAGCGCGGGAGAUAUAAAAACCCAGGCAUGUUCGUCUGGAAUAGGUGCAGAUGGACCAGGAGUUUCAGGGAGGGUAACAGAAGGGCUUUGGACAGCAAGCACACAAGCAAACACGACAUGUCUCUCAGUGUGUACCAAGCAAAUAACGACUUAAAUGUGGCCAGUGUGCCCACUACGCUGCAGACUGUGCCCACGCCCACGCCCGGGCAGUCGAUUCCUUUCAGUGAGGUCUCCAGCAUCCUAGUGCAAUACGGGGAAGAAAAAAAGGGCGGACAUGGGUUUGGUGGCGGAGGACACGGCGGAUCGCAUGGGGGCGGGUCGGCGCCCAAAGGCCAGGGUGGCGGCGGAUCGGCACCCAAGGGCCGUGGCGGCGGCAACGAAGGUGGCCACGGCGGCAACAACGGUCAGCCCGGCCACUACUACUACAACGGAAGAAACUACCAGUACGGCUACCCAGUCCAGUACGCGGGAAACAGGUACUACCCCCGCGGGGUUAUCUUGCCAGUUGCCUUUGGCGGAGCCGGCGGGUACUUGCUUGCCGGGCACAUCUACCACACGUACAGCUCCAGCGACACCCUGUACUACUCGGAGGUCCCCACCGCGUGCGGCGCCAGCGGCUCCUCUGGGGUAAGUACAGCUCCCAGUGUGUCUGGUGCUUCGCCGACGUGCACACCGCCAGGCAGCUCCUACUCGUUCACCGACGGCGGCGGUCUCGUCACGAUCCAGCAGGCCGAUCUUGCCUCUGCCGAGUACUCGACCCUUUCAGACGCCUCGGCUCCGCCCGACGACUCCUCCUCUGAGAGUGCGACAGCCACAGACGAUGUCUCCUCUUCCACCCCCGCUUCUGUUUCCAGCAUCUCCACAACUCUGGCCAACGGUGCUUUGCGUCCCGCAGCAGGCAACAUCGUUCAUGGCAUCGGCCACCAGAAGCUUGCCAUCCUCUUCUCCGCUGUCGUCACCACGGGGCUACUCAUCUCUCUCAUGUGAAUUCUCUCACAAUACUUUCUCUCCGAUCUAUUUACUCUUGUAUCUUUUCUCCGCAGUCUAUAAAUCCACUUUCCAAUACAUGUUCGCACGUGACGCU